AUGGCUUCCAAGCUCCAGCUCCUGCCCUCCUUCAUUGCCAUUGUGGUUCUCGCGGCGGUUAUCCACCCUUGCGCAUCCGUUGAGUUUCACCGCAAGCUCGCCAGUUGGUCUAAUGCCGGCGCGACAUGGUAUGGCGCUGCUAAUGGCGCCGGGAGUGAUGGUGGGGCGUGCGGGUACAAGGGUGCCGUCGACCAGCCACCGUUUUCGUCCAUGAUCGCCGCCGGCGGCCCUUCUCUCUACGCCUCUGGCUUGGGCUGUGGAUCUUGCUACCAGGUGAAAUGCACUGGUAACGCCGCGUGCUCGAGCAGCCCGGUGACGGUCGUCAUCACGGACCAGUGCCCCGGCGGCCCUUGCUUGGAAGAGCCGCACUUCGACCUGAGCGGGACGGCGUUCGGUGCCAUGGCGAAGCCCGGCCAGGCCGACCAGCUGCGUGCUGCCGGCGUCCUCCAAAUCCAGUUCACCCGCGUGCAGUGCAACUGGGCUGGAGUGAAGCUAACCUUCAUCGUGGACGCCGGCUCGAACCCGAACUACUUCGCCGUGCUCAUCCAGUACCAGAACGGCGACGGGGACCUCUCGGCCGUCGACCUCAUGCAGAGCGGUGCCGCGGCGGCAUGGGAGCCCAUGCAGCACUCGUGGGGCGCUGUCUGGAAGCUCAACGCCGGGUCGGCCCUGCAGGCGCCGCUCUCCCUCCGCCUCACGUCCAGCUCUGGCAAGAAGCUCGUCGCCAGCAACGUCAUCCCCCUCGGGUGGAAGGCCGGCUCUGCGUACCAGUCGGCGCUCCAGCUCCCGUGCAAGUUGAAGCAGAUGCAGAAGAUGUACAUGGUGGUGGAGGUGAAGAAGAUGCUCCCCAGCAGCAGCAACAAGAGUAUGAUGCUGAAGUUGAUGAUCCGGAUUAGCAGGAAGCACCAGCACCAGAAAGUCCACCAGCUGCUCCACUCAGAAGAUCCAACAAGGGUCGAAUUCCUUCCAGCAGCCGUCGGCCAGCACCCGUUCUCGUCGAUGAUCGCCGCCGGCGGGCCCUCCUUCUUCAAGAGCGGCAAAGGCUGCGGUUCAUGUUAUCAGGUCAAGUGCACCGGUAACAAGGCCUGCUCCGGCCGCCCGGUGACCGUCGUCAUCGCCGACAACUGCCCCGACGGUAUAUGCGCCUCGGAGGAUCAUUUCGACAUGAGCGGCACCGCCUUCGGCGCCAUGGCCAACCGAGGGAUGGCCGACCGCCUCCGCUCCGCUGGACAGCUCAAGAUCCACUACGCGAGGGUGCCCUGCAACUACAACGGCAUGAACAUUGUCUUCAAGGUGGACGCGGGCUCCAACCCCUUCUACCUCUCCGUGCUGAUCAUGUACCAGGCCGGCGACGGAGACCUCUCUGCCGUCGACAUCAUGCAGGGCGGCUGCGCGCCCGGCCACCACAACGACCACGGCGCGCCGUGGAUGGCGAUGACGCAGUCGUGGGGCGCGCUGUGGCUCCUCCAGUCGAACAACGGGAAGCCUCUCCAAGCCCCGUUCUCGUUCCGGCUCACCUCGGGUUCCGGCAAGGUCCUCGAGGUCACCAACGCCAUCCCUUCCGGCUGGUCGGCCGGCACGUCCUACAGCUCCUCGGCGAACUACGCCAGUUAG